AUGGGCACUUCUCCAAACACAAUAUCUGAACAGCCCGAAUCUUUACAAAAUGUUGAUAGCAUCAUUGCCACCCGCCAACGACGACAUAAUGCUGGUAGAAAACUUCAACAAUUGAUUAAUGCAGAAGAGUCGGUUAACUACGAGGACGAGGAUGGACAAGAUAUUUUUCAAGAAAUUGAGGACGAUGAGGAAUUUGAUGCUAACGCGUCGUACGAGGAAGAGGAAGAGGAAGAGGAAGAGGAAGAAGAAGGAGCAGGAGCAGGGGCAGGAGAAGCGGACGAAGAGGUGGAAAGUUUCCUUGGUUCUUCUACUGAAGACGCGUCAUCUAGUACAACCAAGAAACCUACAGGUCCUUCAGUCAACUUUAAACGACAAAAGCCUUUAGCACCCAAUGAGGGUAGCGACAACGCUCAAAGCGAAGAUGACGAUAUGUUUUCCGAUUCAGAUUCAAUGUCUUCUUCUUCAGAUAGUGAUGAUAGCGCUGGCGAAAGAGAGCUCCAGCAGCAGCAACGAGCAGAUGUGCGGCAAGCAGCUAAGAAAAAGCGACAGGCCUCGUUCAUGCCAGCAGCCGUGCUUAAAGCCCAAAAGCGACGCGCUCAAAUCGAUAAGGAACAAGAAGAUAAUGUUAAAGUAACAGAAAAUGGAUCUGAAGAAACUGAGCGUCAGCGCCAAAUUAAGCGCCAAAAAUUACGCACAUCAGCAGACCAACUGCUCUCUGAGAAUCGCCGAAGAUCAACUAGAAAGGCAGCUGUGAAGAACGCAAAAGAUGUUAUUCAGCGUUUACAAGAGUCCGAAGCAAGAAGAGCAAAAAUGACUACCCCCACUGUCAAAGUUGUUCAUAGAAUGACACAAGAAGAGCGGCUAAAAGAAGCUAUAAUUACCGAAAAGAAAAAUGUCGAAUCACUCAAUGUGUUUUAUCAGCAAGAAGAAGAGCGCAAAAAGAACCGGCGGGCCGCUCUUUUGGCGAAGCGUGCACCCAUGACAUCCUUUAUUCGCUAUGUCAGUAAAACUACUUAUUUUGAUCCUAUAAUCCCUCCACUUGUUGAAGAGAUUUCUUCAGAGCCCAAAACUGCCAAAAAGGAGCCUCGUCGCAAAAUUAAGACGAAUAAACAAAAUCAAGAAAAACCUGAAGGUGAUGAGAAGCAGCUAGAAUCUGAAAAGCUUCCUGACCCCCAGGUAACAGGAUCGCCAACAGUACCUUUAAGCUCAGAGCUUAUUACAACUGCUCCGAUUUCUAUGGAUCACGUUACUCAGCCACAACUCGCAGGUUCGAUUGACCCGCUGACACAUUCUACUGUGGACCUGGGAGCUGUACCUAUUGAUCCUACAAUUCACGAUUCACAGGCACUUCCAGUGGUAUCCGAACACAUUGUGAUUGAUCCGGCAUCUGGCGAUCCAAUGCUAUCCCAUGGUACUACAUUGUCCCCUGUUGGUAUUGCAUUUGCCCCAAGAGCAGAAGAUGAUCAUUUCAGACGGUCGACGAGCGUAGAACAAUUGGAAGCUGAUUAUAUCAACUUCCAUGUUGCUGAAGAACCUACCCACAUUGAUGAAAGCGAAAAACCAAUUGAUGGGGGCCAUAAUUUAAACUUAGAAAAGCACGAUAUGCAUGAAAAUAUUUUGAAUGCACCUUCGCAACCGCAACUGCAAUCUGCCGUUUCAGCACCUGAAUCCACGGCAGUUCAACACGAGACUAUUAGUACUAAUGUUUCUACACCAAUGCUUAGUACUACAAGUCCAGUAUUUCCGAUUUCUGGAAUGGUGAUUGACGAUAAACUCAAAACAGAACUACAUGUCGGAAGCAGUCAAGAUACAGUAAUCAUGCCAGUUACAUAUUCCACUGGUGCAGCAGAUAAUUCUACCGCCCAGGUUCUCGAAACCGAAGCUUCUGUUGUUGCGCCGGAACCAAUGACAGUUGCCACUACUGCAUCAUCUGCGGCGUCUCAUGAAGAUGAACAAGCAGGUCACAUUAUAAAACCUGAUGGUACCCAUUUUGAAGCAGCGCCAGUAAUCAUUGAACAAAAUACACUGUUUACAGAGCCGCCCAGGGAUCAGACAAUACUUGAUCAGCAAGGUGAUUCAGCAAAUUAUAUUGUGCAAGGUCCUCAAGAAUGCCGGUCAGUCACUACAAUUAGUUUAUUGGAGUUUCCAGAAAGUUUUGGAUACUCAACACCUGAGAUUCAAAAAGUUCUUUUUGGCCCUCAAUCGCUGGAGAUUCCAGUUCCUGUGGAACGACCAGCCAAUUUGAAAAAUAUUGCAUCCGGAAGCGGUGUUCAAGGGACAACACCGAGCGGACGCAAAAAGCGUGGUCCUUAUGAAAAGACAAGAAUUAGAGAAGCGCUGGAACGCAGUAAGGAAGCUCGGGAGAAAGGGGCUGCUGCUGCCGCUGCUGCUGCCGCUGCUGCUGCCGCUGCAUCUUUGACGCAAGCAGCAGGGAAAAAGAAGGUAGAUGUGACCAAAUCUGCAGCUGAUGCAUUACUGAGCAAGCUUGGAGCACGCAGCUCAAGUGCUUCAUCUAGUCUUGCUUCUCUAGUUGCAAAUCCUAUUCUUUCGCGCAGUUUUGGAAUGAAGGUGAUGGGUCCUGGUGGUCUGGGCGUUUCCGGAGCAUCUGUUGGUCCUUUAGGUACUGGGGUGAUUGGCAGUGGUGGAAGUGAAAACGGUGGAUUAUCAGCAGCCGCUGCUAACGCUGCUGCCGCUGCCGCUGCUGCUGCUGCUGCAAAUGGGGGGCUUGUGGGAGGCAGUGCUGCAGCACGGGCGAAAUCUGCAGCGGCGCUGGCGGCGCUUCAGGCCGCGCCCAAGUGUGUGGUGACAGGAAAGCCCUGUAAAUUUGUCGAUCCCAAAUCAGGACUGCCGUAUUCUACUAUGGAAGCUUUCCAAAUGAUUCGACAAGUAAUUAACUGUGAAGUACCCUGGAAUCGAGAUUUUGGCAUAUUUAUGGGGACGGUUGGCAAGGAGGCCAGACAUGCAAAGGGUGUUCCACCUGGAUUUGCUGGGAAUGUUUAA